UCGCGUCCCUUAAAGCCUUCUCCACCGGUUCUAGAGUGCUCCUAAAGAGAUCGGCACAUAGUUCCUCAAAUCUAGCUCGAGUGAUAGAAGUAUAAAAAUCGAUACCCUCAAAUAAUGAGUCGAUUUCAAUGCUAGCUUGCGUCGAUGAGCUAAGGGUCCUCUUUGCUCUCUCACAAGCCGUUCUCAAGCGUCUAACAGCUCUCUUAUUGCUACUCAAGUCUUUCUUGUACUUUCGCUUAAAUUCCUGGAUAAAAUGAUUGACCAUACGAUUGUCAAAGUCCUCGCCACCAAGGUGAGUAUCGCCAGCCGUCGAUUUCACUUCAAAGAUACCGUCUUCGAUCGUCAAAAUGGAAACAUCGAAAGUACCACCACCAAGAUCGAAAAUCAGCACAUUCUUCUCGCCUGACGUCUUUUUAUCAAGACCAUAGGCUAUGGCGGCAGCAGUUGGCUCGUUAAUAAUACGCAAAACAUUCAGACCAGCUAUUGCACCGGCAUCCUUCGUUGCCUGCCGCUGAGAAUCAUUAAAAUAAGCCGGCACAGUGAUAACGGCGUUGGUAACAGUCUUUCCGAGAUAAGCCUCUGCCGUUUCUUUCAUCUUCGUCAGGACCAUCGAAGACACUUCUUCUGGGAAGAAAGUCUUCACUUCGCCCUUAUAUGUAACCUGAAUUUUCGGUUUACCUCCGUCAUUCACCACAAUGAAAGGCCAAUGUUUCAUAUCACUCUGUACCGUUGAAUCAUCGAAACGGCGACCAAUCAAUCGUUUCGCAUCUUAAAAAAGAUUAAUAAUUAAAAAUGAUGAAAUAUUAUUCCAAAAAAAUUGUACUGCGAAGAAGGUAAAAUGUUGUCUUUAACGUUAUAUUUUUUCUCCAGAAACAUUAAAAAUACAUGCUGAGUUUUUCUACGAGUUAUAAUACUAUGUCGCAAUGAUACUAUAUGUCACAAAACGAAUAAAUACUACGCUGAUCUUGGAUCAUCACGUGCUCACGACACAACAUAGUGUGUUGCAUUUAUACUAUUGCACGAGGUCGUUAACAUGAGCAUGUAACAAAUAAAGAAAAUCAAAACGUAUUUAAUACGUUUGAUACAAUUAUUAUCAUCGAUAAUUAAGUUGAUUAAAUUUUCAUUUACUUUGUAAUAUCUAUGCAAUCAUUAAUUAAAAAAUGAAAAUCACAUCGAUUUUUCGAAACGUGAGAAAACUUAUGUUUGCUCGUCAUAAUUGAGAAAUUUAUAACAAAACUAAGAUAUAACUGUUAAUUCAUUUCAACUUAUUUAAUGACAACACAAAUACGUACCAAAAAUUGUGUUACUUGGAUUCAUAGCAACUUGAUUUUUUGCCGCAUCUCCGAUCAAUCGUUCAGUAUCGGUGAAGGCUACAUAACUUGGCGUAGUCCGAUUUCCUUGAUCAUUGGCAAUAAUUUCAACUUUUCCAUGUUGAAAGACACCUACGCAGGAAUACGUAGUACCCAAAUCGAUUCCAACCGCCGGAGCCUUUGACAUGAUUCACACUUUGUCUCUGUCGAAAGACAAAUAAAAAUAUAUUAUAUCGUAUUGUUUUCAUAUAUUCCCGCGGACAGUUAAGAAUAACCUGUUUUUCGUCAGCUAACUCUUAUACUGAUUUACGUAGAUACGCUUCGAGCAUCAACUUGAGUCGAAGUUUCUCGAAUCUCGUUCUACUUUACGAGAACUGAAAAUAACACUUUCAAUUUAGAUAUGAUUAUGUAAUGUUUCAUUUUUCUUUUGUUUUUUUCUUUCUUUUUUUUUUAAUAAGGCUUAUGAUCGAAUUAAAUUUUAUCUUAUAUCUCUUUUUGUCUCCAAAUAUACGUUGUACGAUAUCACCUAGAAUGAAAUUUUAAACACAGUCGACCAAAUAGGAUUUAUCGAUCUCCGUAAUGACUAUUUCAUUCAAAGCUCAUUAUAAGUAUUGAAUAUAAAAGGAAGAACAUAUUCUAUUUCAUCUUCAUCCUUUGCUUACUUAAAUCUCACAAAACAAAGAAGACAAGAAAGAAAGUAGACAAUUUCGAUCAAAUUUGAAUGAUAAAACAUUUAUGAUAAAAAAUUGAUCCAACAAAAAUUGUCCAAAUACCCAACUUUUUUGAAAUUUAAAAUAAAACAAGAAGGAAAGGGAUAAAAAACGGAAACGAAUAAAAUGUACUUACUCUUUGUACUCCUUUUUUGAUAAUAAAAAUGAUAAUCUGUAAAUUGUCGCGAAUACUUAGACAACGUUUAUCACUCGUGGCUGCAAGACUUCUGUAACUUUUCCGUACGGGGAAGUUUUAAUAGACUGAAUCGCCCGCUUCGAGAAGUUUCUUCGACCGACCAAUCCUAAUGUCCAUUUCGAUGAUCUUGGCUCGCCAUUGGUGGUCAGGCUUUGGCAUGCAUAUAGAGUAUAUAUGUAUAUAUGUAUAGCUUAUAAUUGCGUUUGUCUUGAAGCAAGAAAAGGGAUGAAAGUACUGGGACGCGUUAUAUCGUAAAUUGCACAUUAGUGCUGCUCCAUGAAGCUUGGUAUAGUUCGUAUGAAUCUGGCGGGAACGAAGAACAUUUCAAGUCAACUCGCCGUAUAUAACCUUCGAAAAUUUUUGUUGUAAAAGUUUAUUUGGAUAGUUUCAUUUAUUUUUAUAAAAAUGAAUUUACCUGCCAAAAUUAUGAAAUUAGAUGAAGUUGUAGUAAAUAGAAUCGCAGCUGGUGAAAUAAUUCAGAGACCAGCAAAUGCAUUAAAGGAAUUAAUAGAAAACAGCUUAGAUGCUAAAGCCACGAAUAUACAGAUAAUAGUGAAAGAAGGAGGAUUGAAAUUAUUACAGAUUCAAGAUAAUGGUACAGGUAUUAAGAAAGAUGACAUGGAAAUUGUAUGUGAAAGAUUUACUACUAGUAAAUUACAAAAUUUUGAAGAUCUCAAAGCAAUAUCAACAUUUGGAUUCCGUGGAGAAGCUUUAGCAAGUAUUAGUCAUGUUGCUCUUCUAACUAUAACAACUAAAACAUCUGAUGAAAAAUGUGCAUAUAGAGCAACAUAUAUUGACAGUAAAUUGAAAGAACCACCAAAACCAUGUGCUGGUAAUCAAGGUACAACAAUAACUAUUGAAAACUUGUUUUACAAUGUUGCAACUAGACGAAAAGCAUUGUCCAAUGUAUCCGAAGAAUUUACUAAAAUUACAGAUGUGGUAAUAAAAUAUGCUAUACAUAAUCCCAAAGUUGGAUUUAUAUUAAAAAAACAUGGAGAGACAACACCACAAGUUCGAACAACACAUAAUUCUACUAAAAUGAAUAAUAUAAGAAUUUUAUAUGGAAAUCCAGUGGCAAGAGAGUUAUUAGAGAUUGAGCUUCAAGAUGAAAGUUAUCAAUUUAAAAUGCAUGCUCUAAUAACAAAUCCGAAUUACACAAGUAAACGGAUGAUAUUUUUAUUAUUUAUUAAUAACCGUCUUGUAGAAUCUACCCCAAUUAAAAAAAUGUUAGAGGAGACAUAUACAGUAUAUCUUCCAAAAAAGACUCAUCCAUUUUGUUACAUAUCCUUGGAGAUUAAUUCAAAUAAUGUUGAUGUUAAUGUACAUCCAACAAAACAUGAAGUUAGGUUUCUUCAUGAAGACUCUAUAAUUGAAAAAGUAAAAUUGGCUUUGGAUGAAAAGUUAGCUGGUGAUAGUGCUUCAAGAACCUUUUACUUGCAGGCACGCUUACCAAAAGUAGAUGUCACUGAGGAAACUUUGAAAGAAGUUCUACCUGAAUUUGAGAAGGAUAAUUCAGGAAAACAAAAGAAAAUACAUCAAAGAGAUUUAAUCAGAACUGAUUCUUCUGAUCAAAAGCUUGAUAAGUUUAAUUUUACUAUAAAUACUGCUAUGAAAAUAGCUAGAAGUAAUAGUUCUGAACAAACGACAGAAUCAAAUCUUCAAACUGAAAAAGUGCUUGAAUUAAAAAUGUCAAAUGAUACUAAAAAUAAUGUAGUUACAGAUAAUAUUUCUGUAGAUGUACAAAAGAUAGAUAUAACAAACAAAAAUGCAUUUCUCAAACAAAAUAGUGAAUUACAUGAAAAGUAUUUACAAAAUAAUGAAUCUGGACAUUUAAAUACUAUUACAAAUCAAUCAACACAACCCAUUUUAUCAGAAGCAAUUGCAUCUACAUCAAAUAAUAGUGUUAUUACUACUAAUAAUAUUAAUCUGAAUACUUACCGAGAAGUUUUACUAAUGUCAGAAGCUGAUUCAGAUGAUUCAUGUAAUGAAAAACAAUACGAAAUAAAUAAAUAUAAUGAUUCAAUUGCAAAAAAUGCACGUAAAAGAGUAUAUCAAUAUUUCGGUAAUAAGAAUAUUGAAGAUUUGGAAAGAGAACUGCCACAAAUAAAACCAAUUAUUAAUAUACAAGAACAAAAUAAUGAUAAUAAAAUGGAACAAUGUACUACAGAUAAUAUUGAUUGCAUAUCUCAACAAAGUGUUACUAAAGAAAAUAAAUCAAUACAGGAAUUCAAAUCUUAUUCUGUAAACAAUUUUAGAAGAGAAGUAAAAUUAACUAGUGUGUUAAAAUUAAGAAAACAAGUAGAAGAUAACUGUCACCAAGGAUUAAGAGAAAUUUUAUCAAAUUUAAUAUUUGUUGGGUGUAUUGAUGAAGUAUCUACAUUGAUACAAAGUGGUGUAAAUUUAUAUAUAUGCAAUACCAAAAAAUUAGCAGAGGAACUAUUCUAUGAAAUUAUGCUGUAUGAUUUUGCUAAUUAUGGUGUCAUAAAAUUCUCAGAUCCAAUAUCAUUAUAUGAUUUAGCCAUCUUAGGAUUAGAAACUGAAGAAGCAGGAUGGACGGAAGAAGAUGGUUCGAAAGAAGAACUAGCUACGAACGUGAAAGAAUUAUUAUUAGAAAAAGCAGAUAUGAUGAAAGAAUAUUUUUCUAUAGUCAUAGAUAAAAAAGGAAAUUUAAAAUCAUUACCAAUAUUAUUAGAUAAGUACUUUCCAUUUGAGGGAGGCUUACCAAUAUAUAUUUUGCGCUUAUCAACAGAGGUUGAUUGGACUACCGAACAGCCAUGUUUCCAAAAUAUUUGCAGAGAAACAGCAAAAUACUUCAGUGAAAUGAAUCCUAUUCAUAAUACACAUGACUGGAAAUAUGUUACAGAACAUAUUUUAUAUCCAGCAAUUAAGGAAAGUUUAUUACCUCCAAAACAUUUUGCUCAUGACUCAACUAUAUUGCAAAUAGCCAGUUUACCUAAUUUAUACAAAGUAUUUGAAAGAUGUUAAGUAAUAAAUUUUUUCAUACCAUAUUUUUACCUGUGAUAUUAGCAGUUACAUAUAUAUUAUCACAUAUGGAAAUCGUAUUUCCAUCAUUUACGUAGAAUUUGUAGUAUUUUUAUAAUUAUUGGUACUUAUUCAUUGAUAUUUAUUUUUUAUAAUUAAAAUAGAACCGAUAAAAUAUAUAUUAUAUAGAGAUGUUACACUUUUUACCGCUUAUAAUCUUCUACUGAUCAUAUAAAAUAUUUAAAUAUAUUUGUUUAUACUGAUUAAUAAGUAAAAAUUCAUUUACAUUUAAAAAAAAUAUCAACAGAUUUGUGAAAAUGUUAAGUAUUAUUUUGCAAUGCUGUAAUGUAAACAAAAUUAGAAUUAUUUCAUAAUGAAACAUACAUUGUAUAACAGUCUAUUAAUAAAUAAAAAAUAUUGUUUAUCAGUUGUCAUAAACUCGA